GUUACAUUUCAAAAGACAAACCAUUUUAUGUAUCAUUACAUUCAAAUACAAAACAAAUGCAUAAUUAUUCUAAUGAAAUUAAUAAUAUUAAUGAUCAAGGAAUGAUUCCAAAUUUAAAUAAUAAUAUUGAUUAUCAAGAAACAAUUUCAAAUUCAAGUAAUAAUAUUAAUAACCAAAAAAUAAUUCCAAAUUCAAAGGCUAAUGAAGAUAUAAUAGUGAAUUCACAAAUUAAAACUGCAUUAGAAACUUUUAUUCAAAAUUAUAGAAAAACAUCCUCAUCUCAAUGUAGAACAAAAUGGUUAACAAAGGUAAAAAAAAAAGGAGCAUUUCCGGUACGACAGUCAUUAAAUGAACUUGAAAAUGCAGAUCCUUAA